GUUCUCGAACUCGCCUUCAAACCAGUGGCAACACAGCUUCACUAAGAAAGUGACCCAACGCGUUCUGUUGCGCACAAGCCAAAGCAAUAACCCAAAACCACUACCCCCAAACAAUGGCAUCGUUCAAAGCUACCCUGUUCUUCGCCCUCGUCGCCCUCGUCGCGAUCGUGUCGGCCAUCCCUGCUCCGCAACAACCGGCUGCAGCCCGGCAACCGAUCGAGCCCCGACCAGCGGCCGCAGCCGAUGCAGCGGACGAGCUGGAGGCCGGUGCCGACGAUAAGGAUCUGAAGGGUGCUUCCUCGUUCGGCUACGGUUACUAUGGCUACCCGGGCAGCUACUACGGUGGAUAUGGAUACCCGGGAUACGCUUACAGCUAUGGAUGGGGUCGCUACCCGUACUACCGUUACGGAGGACUGUACGGAGGCUACUGGUACUAAGCGUGUGUGCUAAAACACCCAUUACGCCAUUGCCAUCACGCACCCGGAUAAGUAACGCCCCACGCAUUGAUCUGUCUCACCGGAAUAGCAACCUAUACACCCAUUCACCACUGUCCGUUGUCCGUCUUUUUUACUGUUAGCUCUCGUACCUCUUCCGGUCGAUACUUCUCAUGAGACCAACCCUUCCAACCGAUCACAAACUUGACUCAACUGUUUUGUUUAAGCAAGAUCGCAGGUAUCUCUCUUCGUUCUUAUAUUAACGUUUCCUACCCCGAUCCGUUUCGGUGUUGCUAGCUUUGUUCCAGUACUAGUGUGUUAACGUUUAUAUUUAUACAAAAAAAAUACAAAGAAAAACCAAAACGCUGCCGUUCGAAAGAGGAAACAAUGAAACAAACAAAAAAAAUCAUAAACUGGAAACUUUUGUACAUAAUGGUUAUUCUUUUUUUCUAAUAAAAAGAGCAUAAACUAUAAACAACUGAGUGUUUAACUGA